AUGAAUAACAACCAUGGUUUUUAUGGAAGAAAGACAAGUUUCCAUUCUAGCAGACAUAAAUUUGGCAGAAAGAACGAUCGUUUUGAGCAUCCUGGUACUCCUUAUGCCAUGGGACCCAGAUGGAGAAGAAGAAAAUACAGCGAUAAAGACGCUGUGUGGGAAGAUAAUAAAGUAGAGAGUGAACUGGGGCUACUUGCUGAAAAUGGAACGCUGGGGAGCUGGUUCAAAGUCUCAAUUCCAAAUGGAAGAAACUAUGACAAGACAUGGCUGAUAAAUUCAAUGCAGGACCUCUGCAGUGUGCCUUUCAUCCCUGUUGAUUUCCACUAUGACAAACACCGGGCCCGGUUCUUUGUCCAGGAUGCUAGGACCGCUUAUGCAUUGAGGGAUAUCAACAACAAAAUUUUCGAUGAGACAAAUCAAAAGAUACAUAUCUUCGUCAGUCCUUCUGUUGUUGCACCUUAUUCUGUGCAGAGUAAGUUCACCUCAGAAGAAAUAGAGCAGCUAAAGGUGACGGUGAUGAAACGAUAUGAUGCCUCUCAGAAAUCUCUGGACCUCCAGAGGUUCCGAUUUGACAAAGACUUUAUGGACAAUGACAUUGACGUGAUGCUGAAUCGAAGAAGCUGCAUGGUUGCAACACUACAGAUCAUUCAAAGCAGUAUCCCUGAACUGUUGGCCUUGAACUUGUGCAACAACAGAUUGUACCAGCUGGAUGGCCUGUCAGAUAUGAUAGAGAAAGCUCCUCAAGUUAAGAUUCUGAACCUCUCCAAAAAUAAACUGAAAACAGUUUGGGAGUUGGAGAAGGUGAAGGAGCUGAAUCUGGAAGAGCUGUGGCUGGAAGGGAACCCCUUCUGCAGCCACUUCUCAGAUCAGUCUGACUAUAUAAGUGCCAUACGGGACCUCUUUCCCAAGUUGCUGCGCCUGGAUGGCAAGGAGCUAAUAGUACCAACAGGAAUGGACAUAGAAGUCCCCCAGUUAAGCAAGCAAACAUGUACAGUUACUGAACCCAUAAAAAAUCUAGUUCUACAGUUUCUCAAAGAAUACUACUUGUUUUAUGACAAUGGAGAACGAUUUCGUCUCCUUGAUGCUUACCACGAUGAAGCCUGCUUCUCCCUGACUGUUCCUUCCAACUUGAAUGACCCAGACCUGAGCAACCUGGAAGAGUAUUUCAAACAUAACAGAGAUAUAAAGAAAGUACAAGAUUCCUACAUGCGAAUGCGGUUGCUGAGGCACACAAAACACACCAUUGUGGACUCUCUUAGUUUGUUACCCAAAACUCAGCAUGAUCUAAGCUCUUUCUUGGUGGACUUGUGUUUCCACACCGAGACAAUGCUCUGCUUUUCUGUCAAUGGGUUGUUCAAGGAAGUGGAAGGGAAAUGUCAAGGCUGUAUUCGUGCCUUCACACGGGUCUUCAUCACUACCCAUUACAACAAUUCAAGAAUUUGCAUCAUGAAUGAUGAGCUGAUUGUGAGAAAUGCCAGCCCUAGAGAGAUCCAGAAUGCCUUUAUCCCAGCCAACUCUCCCCUCUCUGAAGAGCAGCAAGAAAUGGUGAAGUCGUUCUCUAUGCAGUCUAGAAUGAAACUUACAUGGGCUCAGAAGUGCCUUGAGGACAAUGGGUGGGACUACGCCAAAGCUGCUGAGAUCUUCACUAUGCUCCAGGUUAGGACUGGGUAUUAA